AUGGCUCCUUCAGCGACCACCGACGCCCCUACCGAGGGUUACAAGCCAAAGCACAUCGAAGACCGUCUGUUUAUCAACGGCGAAUUUGUUCCAUCGAAGUCUGGAAAGAAGUUCGACAUCGUCAACCCCAACAAUGAGAAGUUCGCCGCCUCCGUCUAUGAGGCCGGGGCCGAGGAUGUCGACGCGGCUGUCGAAGCCGCCAAAGCUGCUUUCCCUGCCUGGUCAGCCCUCUCAGCGUCUGAUAGACAAGGAUACAUCGAGAAACUGGCCGACGCGAUCGAGAAGAACCUGGAGGAGAUCGGGUACCUAGAAGCCAUCAGCAUGGGCAAGCCCUAUAUUGGCGAUUUCUUCGGUCACGUCGCUGUCCAGAUCCUCCGAUACUUCGCCAGCAGAGCGCUCGACGUUCAGGGCGACUCCUCGCUCAACACCAAAGAUUUCGUCAACAUUACCUUCCGUCAGCCCUUCGGCGUCUGCGGUGCCAUCAUCCCCUGGAACAUUCCUCUCCUCAUGCUGAUCAACAAGGUCGGCCCCGCGCUCGCCACUGGUAACACGCUCGUCCUUAAGUCCUCGGAGAAAUCGCCCCUGUCAUGCCUCGUGGUCGCCAGGCUCUGCCAGGAGAUCGGCUUGCCCAAGGGUGUCCUGAACAUUCUGAGCGGCUUCGGCCGACCCUGCGGCGAGGCCAUCGCCAAGCACAUGGACAUCCGCAAGGUGUCGUUCACGGGCUCAGUCAUUGCCGGCCGCGCCGUCAAGAAGGCGGCCGCCGAAUCCAACCUCAAAAACGUCACCCUGGAGCUCGGCGGCAAGAGCCCGCUGGUCAUCUUCGACGACGCCGACCUGGCAAAGGCCGUCCCUGCCGCCGCCUUUUCUAUCCUCGCCAACUCGGGCCAAGCCUGCAUCGCUUCCUCGAGAGUGUACGUGCACGCCAACAUCGCCGACCAGUUCAUGGACGCGAUGAAGACGGCAAUGACGCAGAUGGGCGUCUCCGGCGACGCUACCGUCGCGGGCACUCGACGCGGGCCCCAGGCCGACAAGAUCCAGUUCGACCGCGUGAUGAGCUACCUCAACUACGCCAAGGAGCAGAAGCUCGACAUGCCCCUCGGCGGCGGCCGCGAGGGGACCACGGGCUACUUCAUCGAGCCGACCAUCAUCGCCAACGCGCCCGAGGAUUCGAAAGUCAUGAAGGAGGAGAUCUUUGGCCCUGUCGUCUGCGUCAACACUUUUACGGACGAGCAAGAGGUGCUGAAGCGCGCCAACGACACCGAGUACGGCCUGUAUGCGAGCGUGUUUACCAGGGACAUCUCGCGUGCGCUGCGCGUCGCCAAGCUGUUGGAGGCGGGAUCCGUGGGCGUCAACUGCACGAGCCCAACCAUGGCCAUUGACAUGCCGUUUGGGGGGUUCAAGCAGAGCGGCGACGGGCGCGAGUUGAGCAAGUACUCGACGGAUUACUGGACCGAGCUGAAGUCCGUGUUCAUUGCAUUGUGA